UUGCCUUAAUUGUCGAUCUGAAUUAGGUCAAAAGGUCAAUAGAACUUGACCGCUAAGUCAGUGGGCAAAGAACGAUUCCAGACUAAUGGGCUUGCCUAAUCACGGGUGGCCGGGUAGGCUUCUGAUGCCCCUUGGCCGAUGAGUGGUGCUCAUUUCAGAUGAAGACAUAGAAAAGCGAGCCGUGGCCGUCACUUGCCGUCUUGUUUCUUCUUCUCUUCCCUCCUCACUCCAUCAUCAAGCCUCGGCCAAGAUAGUCAUUCCUUUGUGCUUUUCGGCAUAGUACACUCUCUUUGGAAUUAAUUUUUAUUCCAGUCCAUUCUUUAACAGUUUGCCGUUUUUGCGCCUGAUUUUAAUCACCAUGCGUUUCUCAACCCACGGCUCCGCGGCCGUGGCCAUGGCGGCAUCGCUCGCCAGCGCCACAGUGCCCGUCGAGCGAAGUCUCCUCAACCUAGACACCCCCAGUGACCUGAGCGAGCCCAUCACCGCCAGCGUGGAUAUUGGUGUAGACUUGAGCGGCACCACCCUCGUGGCUGGUGUCGUUGCCAACAUCGCCCUUCCCCCGGUUGUUGGUGCCGCCGCCGAAGUCGAGGUCGCCGUUGUGUGUGACACCUGCUUCACCAAGGGUACCAUCGAUGCCAGCAUCUCCCUCGCGAAUGUCGUCCCCGCCCUGAGCCUUAAGCUCUCCAACAUCGAGGCCAAGCUCGACCUCGAUGUCUACCUCAGCGCCGCCGCCGUCAUCGCGGUCAACCUAUUCACACCCGAGGCUCCCAUCAAGCUAUCGCUCCCCGGCUUGAACGUUGACGCUCUGGUCUACCUCGACCUCGUCAUCGGUGCUCACACCGAGAUCGACCUUUCCGCUGGCAUUGAUGUCAAGCUUGCCGAUGAGGCUCACAUCGAGACUGAUAUCUUGGCUGGAAAGAUCCUCGACGCCGCUUUCUCUGGUCUCUCCGUCCAGGUCCUCCCCAUCGAGGUCCGCAUUGGAUGCACUGAAGUCAUUGCCGAUCUCCGCCUCCGCGUUGAGCUCGGUGUCGCCGCUGAGGUUGACAUUGACGACGUUCUCCCCAUCCUAGACCUCCCCGAGAUCGGUGCCGGUCUUGAGGUUGCCGUCUUCGCCAACUUGUUGGAGUAUGUCGGUUUCUUCUGCGCCACCCCCUCGUGCCCUCUCUCCACCGAGAAGUACGGACUUAACAUCGGUGCUGCCGUCGAGUUGGACGUCGCUGUGGAGGAUCUCCUGAACCUUCACCUCGCCCCUUCAAUCUCCACUGAGCUCCUCACCCAGCCCAUCAAGACCAUCUGCGAGCACCCCGACUACACUCCUACUGCUAUCCCUACCCCCACUGGCCCCGGUAUCUCAUUCACCGGCACUGCCCACGCUUCCAUCCCCGGUGGUGCUCCUCCUGCCACCAUCACUGGUCCCCCUGGCACUCCCUCUGGAUACAACGGUGGCGAUGUCGUUACUAGCACCAUCACCAACGCCCAGACCUUCACCAUCACCCAGUGCGCCGUCAACGUCCCCAACUGCCCGGCUGGAUACCAGACCACCGCCACCCUCGUCCACACCACUGUCUACACGACGAUCUGCCCGGCUACCCAGACCCAGCACCCCGCCAACCCCCCUCAGACCAAGACUCAGCCCCCUGUCACCGUCACCAAGGAGGUUGUCACUCUUGUCCCUUGCUCCACCGUCGAGACCUUCACUCCUCCCUCUGAGGUCCCUACUCCUCCUUACCCUACCGGUGGCUACAGCACCCCUGCCAAGCCUACCGGCGGUGCCAGCACUCCCCGAAACACCCCUACCGGUGGUGAGGACUACCCCGCUGAGACUCCCGCUUACCCUGCUGAGAGCACCUCCGUUGACGUCCCCCACCGCACUCCCACCGGUGGUGCUUCCACCUCCGUUGACGUUCCCCACUUGACGCCUACUGGUGGUGCUGAGUACCCCAGCACCGCUGUGGAUGUCCCUCACUUGACACCUACUGGUGGCGCUUCCACUUCGGUUGAUGUUCCUCACCUAACCCCCACCGGUGGCCUAACCCCCACCCCCAGCUACCCCGUUGGCGGUGGUGGUGAGCCUCCGAUCGCCACGGCCGCCGCCGCCAAGGUUGGCAGCGGUGUUGCAGGCGUCCUUGCCGUCGCUGGUGCCUUCUUAUUCAUGUAAAUAGGGAGAAAUUAAAAAGAGAAAUAACAGGGGAUGGAAUGAUGUUUUUUAUUAACUUAAAAAUCCGUCUGCGUGGGGAAAUAAUUUAAUGCGAAUGUGAGGUAGUGGUUCAGUUGGUUGUGGUGUGGUUUAAUUUUUUUUUUACCAAGGGACGGACUCUCCAGAGAUAAAAAUCAAAGGCCCCCUCUAAUCUGUAAUGUUUUCAUAGACAAGCGAUCGAGGGCGUGUUAAACACCAUAGCUUUGGGUAGAUACCACUUUAUGUUCAUGAUCUCGUGUAAACUUAUUCGGAUCUUGGGUCGUCGUCAAGUGUGCUGUGUAUUGUACUGUCCUGUCUGGUAAAAAAGAAAGACACCGCAGAGUUGUAGGAGAAAGCCGUUCGUAGUUUUGAAACGCCUUUUCUUUUUUUUCUAGUGUUUCAAUUUUUUCUGUAUACUAUAAGUAGUCAAAUAUGUAACAAUUGUUCUUUUCUUUUGUCACAUUCUACUGUCUUCAUUACUUUAGCUACUUCAAUUCGUCUGUGGCCGUUUUCAAAUACCCCUUUUAAAACGUUUGCUCUUCUACUCUGCUUCCUUUUGACGCAAUGGCCUUCCAUUAACACAUAUGUCUUUUACUUCAAUUUUAUGUCCAGGUCACAUUUUGAUUUGAUAUGAGACUCUAACCUCUG